GGAACCAUACUCGUGUAAUGCAGUGACCCGACUUUUUACAGAAGUUCAGUAAACUCCAUGCUGUAGUGCAUGCUACGACUCCUUGUGCUUUCUUGUACUUGCAUCUGUUCUGCUCUGUUGAAAAGGACAGUUAGGGUCUUCGCUGGACCGGUGGAAAUCCAUUAAACAGGCUAUAGCUUAUAUUUAGGAUCCAUUUAGGCCUAUAUACAAAUCCUGUAGCGUGGUGGAAAAACAACGGUUGUUGACACGAUUUGUAGUGGACGUUUUGUUGAUUUUUUAUCUUUACACUUCAACCAUGGAACAAAGGGGAUACGGAGAACGGAGGGAGCAACAGCAGUGGGUCGCUUUCGUGGUUGCUUUGAGUCUGCUGUGGUGCGGGGUUUCUGCGCAGAUAACGUACACCAUCUCUGAGGAGUUGAAGGAAGGAACUGUCGUUGGGAAUGUCGCAAAUGAUUUGGGACUAGAUCCGAGCACCUUGAAGCAUAGAGGUUUUAGAAUCGUGUCUAGUUCGACCAAUCCUCUAUUUGAGGUAAAUCUGGAAGACGGCAUAUUGUAUGUGAAGCAAAAAAUAGACAGGGAGGAGGUGUGCGAGAAGAGCAGCGUUUGCAUGAUCAAUUUAAAAACAGUGCUAGAGAACCCACUGGAAAUCCAUGACGUGGCAGUAGAGGUACUAGACUUGAAUGACAACAGUCCAGUGUUUUCUAUGAGCCCCUAUACUUUCUAUAUCACGGAAAAUAACGAACCAGGAACCAAGGUUUUUAGCGUUAGCGCUUCUGAUCGCGAUGAGAAUGAAAACGCACAGAUUUCCUUUAACAUAGUCAGAGAUGGAGUGGAGGAUGAAUUAUCAUCGUUUCUCAACGUCAACUCAGAAAACGGAGAAAUAUUGGCGUUAAAAAGUUUUGACUUUGAAACAAACAAAACAUUUAAUUUCCAAGUUGUGGCUACAGACUCUGGAACUCCGUCGCUAAGCAGCAACGUCACAGUGAAUGUGUUCAUUCUGGAUCAGAACGACGCUCCAGUGAUUUUGUAUCCUGUCAGCACUAACGGUUCUGCUGAAGGUGUGGAGGAGAUUCCCAACAAUGUGAACGCAGGACAUUUGGUGACUAAAGUGAGAGCCUUUGAUGCUGAUAUAGGAUAUAACGGCUGGUUGUUAUUUUCACUGCAGGAAGUUAGUGACUACAGUCUCUUUGGUCUGGACCGCUACACAGGAGAGAUAAGGACACUUCGGUCCUUCACAGAGACAGACGAGGCUGAAUAUAAACUGGUCAUACUGGUCAAAGAUCAUGGGAACGUUUCACUCUCAGCAACAGCUACUGUAAUCAUCAACGCUGUGGAGCCCAAAGAGGCGUUUGCAGCUUCUUAUGUUAAAAGCUCAGUCAAAGAUGAUGAUGAGGACAAUGAUACAUUUUAUUUGAUCAUAACUUUGGGGUCAGUUUCAACUCUUUUCCUGGUCAUCCUCAUUGUGUUGAUUGUAAUGCAGUGUUCUAAAACCCCAGACGCAGGGGGGCAACGCAGGGGGGCCACUACCCAAUGUCAGAGGGUUAUGCAGCAACAAUUUUGCCCCCCCCCCCCCCAAAUAAAUAAAUAAGUGUGUUGGACAUCAUCAUGUAUGGGCUUUAAAUAAUAAAGGUGUAUUUUAAAGUAUAUCAGCCACUGUGGGCCUACCAUAAUUACACAUUAUCAUAUAUGUAGGCCAAUGUAUAGGUAUAUUUAGGGCUCGACAAUUUGUGGCAACCAAAUUGUGAAGAGUGGUAACCUAUUCAUCACCACUGGUUGCCCCCUGUCAACCACAUUAUUGUAGCCCACUUUUUUAUUGUACUUUAUUUUCAUUACAAUAAAUAAAUCAUCAUUGAUGGCAUUCGAGCAUAUACUAUGA